CAAAGAGAAUGCAGACUUUUUUUCAAUUCUUCAAGGUCUUCAAAGAGACCAUCAGAACCCCUCUCGAUCCACGCGAUGCCUUCUAUGGAGGGAGGACGGGGGCUUCCUGCCUGUACUACAAAGCCAGCAAAUUGGAAAAAAUUGGCUAUGUUGACGUCUGCAGUCUCUAUCCAUGGGUGAACAAGGUCGGCAAAUAUCCCGUUGGACACCCGCAGAUCAUCACCGAAAAUUUUUCCAACAUCGAAGAGUAUGAAGGUUUGAUCAAAUGCCAACUGUUCCCUCCGAGGAAACUGUAUCAUCCCGUCAUACCUUACCGCCCGCCAGGUACGUCCUCAAAAUUGAUGUUCGCUUUAUGCAGAACAUGCGCGAUCGAAAAACAACAGACACCGUGCACCCACACCGAGAAAGAGAGGAUGAUGGAAGGGACGUGGGUGACCGACGAAGUCAAACUUGCCUUGAGCAAAGGCUACACCAUGGGCAAGAUUUUCGAAGUGUGGCAUUUUUCGGAAACCACGCAAUACGAUCCAGAGUCCAAGACGGGGGGUUUGUUCUCUGGAUAUAUCAACACAUUCCUGAAGGUGAAACAAGAAGCUAGCGGAUGGCCGGCAGAAUGCCGCUUUCCGGGGGAUGAAGAAGGCCUUCCCGUGCCGAAGGAUAUUCACGAUCGCCGGGAACGCUAUCUGAGAGAAUACUUGGAGAAGGAAGGGGUGAAACUGGAUCCAGAGAACAUCAAACAUAACCCGGGUCUCCGAGCAGUAGCUAAGUCGGCCCUCAAUUGUAUGUGGGGAAAGAUGGGACAGCGAGGAAAUCUUGCCAAAGCCGAAUACUUCACCGGCCCUGGGGCUUUCUAUCAACGGCUCACUGACGAAACUCGAGAAGUCUUACGAGUCGAUUUCCCCACGGAUCAAGUUGCCAAGGUGGUCAGUGUCCCGGAAGAGGAUUUUGAAACCAGCCUCGGAAACACGAACGUGGUGGUUGCGGCCUACACCACGGCACAGGCCAGGCUUAAGUUGUACAGCUACCUGGACAUUUUGCAAGACCGCGUGCUGUACUACGACACCGACUCGGUCAUCUUCGUCGACAGAGAGGGCGCCCCAAAGGUUGAAACAGGGAAUUUCUUGGGGGAUAUGACGGAUGAGCUGGAGUGCUAUGGAGAAGGAAGUUUCAUCGAAUAAUUUUGCUCGGGCGGCAGUAAAAAUUACGCCUACAGAGUGUAUGAGGGGGAGAGCGGAAACUAUUCUACCGUAUGCAAGGUCCGUGGCAUUACCUUAAAUUUGAGAAACAAGCGAGUGGUCAAUUUUGAAAGUCUCAAAUCCAUGGUGUGCGAUGGAAAAGCGGCCAAUGUCAUCACCGAUCCCAGACGCAUCGCUCGUACACGGAAUGGGCAGUUGGUCACAAGAACGGAACAGAAGGCUCACCGCGUGGUGUUCGAUAAACGCGUCAAGAUGGCCGAUUAUAACACGCUUCCGUAUGGCUACUAAAUGAACAUUGGGAAGUGCCCGCGUUACAUCGUGAACGAAUUAAAACCCGAUCCUCAACAGGUAUAUAUGACAUUGUUUUUACCACGAGGGUUAGUAUUAACCAUGGACCUGCGAAUUAAGACACCGUUUAGGAUGAUACUGGCAGGACCAUCCAUGUCCGGCAAAACGACCUUGAUAAGGAAAUUGUUGAAAAACGGAGAGACGUUGUUUGACCGACAAUUCAUCAAAAUACUCUGGUGUUACGGGCAAUACCAACGGGAGACUUUUUCACAGAUUCAAACGGAAAUUCCCAAUGUAGAAUUUCACGAAGGAUUGCCCGACGACCUUCCUACGCAGUUCAACACCGCCCAUCCAAAUCUGCUGGUGCUCGACGAUCUUAUGUCCGACGCCUCCAAAGAUGCACGAGUUACCAAGCUCUUUGCCAUUCAUUCCCACCACCUGAAUACAUCCGUGGUUCUCUUGACCCAAAAUAUUUUUCACCGAGGAUCUCAGAGCCGCAGUAUAAGUUUGAAUGCUGACAUUCUCGUACUCACCAAAAAUACGAGGGAUCGGUCUCAAAUUCAAUACUUGGCCCGCCAGCUGGCCCCCGACCGGCCCAAAUUCAUACAGGAAAGUUAUCAAGAUGCCACAUCUACCCCUUUCGGUUACCUGUUCAUAGAUUUGAAACCCGAAACGCCGGAGCAGGUGCGAGUGAGAACUGGCAUCUUUCCUGGGGAUGUGCACGUUGCGUACUUGAGGAAAUAAAUAUAAGAGGUGUGAACAGGAUUCAAGGCUUUAGUUUUAAAUUCGAGGGUGAUGAGACAACACCCCCAAUGGCAAACAGAUUAGAGAGAAACACCCCCUUCUUGGAAGUGCUGGCUCGUGGAACCCCGAAACAGAAGAAUGCUAUACUCGAAGGAGCUUCGGAUGACCUUUGCAAGUGUCUCUCCGAAAUAUGCCACAACGUUUUACGAGGCUGCCUUAACCUCUCCAACCGGGAAACCAAACAACUAAAAAGACACAGAGCACGAAUCAGAGAACUGGGAAAUCGCAAC